GGGAAAAUGGCCCCCAAACGCGGCCUCGGGAUGUUGUUGCACGUCUCAUUUUAAUGAACGCCGAUCUCUUCUACAAUGUGAACACGGGCUCCCGAUGCCGGCGUGAUAAGAAAAGUAAGACGGCCUUCAACCAAAUGACAACUCACAACUCUCGAUCAUGUUCUUUCCCUACAAGUUCCACGUUUUUAAUGCCAAACUCUGCCAUGUUACGAUUUCACGAUUUCCAACUCAAAGACCCCAAGGAACGCAAGCUAGUCUCUUUAACUCUGUGGAGAAACGCAGCCCGCCCGUGCCCUGGAACUCGGCACAAGGAUUCGUCCUAUGGAAGGUUCAAUCACCGGAGGGGUUGGAGUCUAGAUCAGUGCGCAGGCAAGUUCGAUCGAGUCGGCGGCGCCGGGGACGUGGCGUACAAGCAUGUUGGCGAUGCAGGAAAUAUAAAAAGCCUUGCGACGGUAACCCAAUAUGCUCAUUAUGCUUGACGGGCGGUUUCCGCGUUUGGCCGUCAAGGGUAGCCUGUCGGCGUGAUGUCCUCGAAACCAUCGUGGACAACAUCUUGCCACGUAGUUUCCCAGACCUAUUGAUAUUUGACGUCUGCAGCGACUGGACCUUUGCUGAAAGCAGCACACAGUUUCUUUCGAGCGAUACAUCUCUGAAAUUGCUGUGCUUUAGCCGCCAAACUUCUGAGCUGGAGGACAAUUGUCCGGCAACGAUCAGCAUUGUACCGAGAAGAAUCCAUCCAGUCGAUCCUGCCCUGCGAAAGCGGACUUCGCCGGCUUUCAUUAUCUGUGCACAAGCUCGGCCUCUGCUCUCAGGAGUUUGAUGAGCUUCUGCGUAUCAUCGACGUAUACCAGGCCGCACAAGCGAAAAGAGUUGUUUUUAGGAUGAGGCUGUCGACGCUGCUUGUGCUUUGAUGGGACAGUCGACUGCGUUCCAUGAAAUUUUUGUUUCUCCCAGCCACCAUAUGAGACUAGGAACACCAGUAGAUGCCGAAACUAUUGUGGCGCUGCUAGACCAGCUACGAGCUUCCAUAUCCUUUGUG